GGACUUUGUUAAAUUCGUUUCCAACAAUAACAUCUCAUCUGUUUUUAUAAUUCGAGUUUGCCAAUGUCGUUAGUUGAAUAGAAUGGAUCAUUGUGAAAAAGUGCAACGGCCACCCCAUCCCAGGGAAAACGCAAAUAUAUUCUCUCUUCUUACAUUUGGAUAUACCGGAAAAUUAUUUACAAGAGGAUUUAAACAGGAUCUCGAAGAUGACGACCUAUAUGAUGUUAUUAAGAAGUGUCGAUCAAAAAAAUGUACAGACAAACUAGAACACCAAUAUAAUAGUCGAUCAAAAACUAAAGAUUCAGAGAAGAAGGUAUCUAUAUUUAAAAUAAUAUGGCAUAUGUAUGGAUUGAGGUAUAUAUUACUAGGACUAUUCCAUAUGUCGGGAAGACUUUUGACCACUACGUUGGAACCUGACGCUCUUUCACAUUUAGUAGGAUACUUCAAACCAGGACAAACCAAAAUGACAAUCCACGAUGCUAUGUAUUUUGCUGGAAUCAUGAUUGGAGUUAAAGCUUUUCACACAAUCUACUUCCAAAAUUAUCAUAUCUACCUAACUGAGUUAGCACUUCAAAUCCGCAUUUCGUUUUCUUCUCUUAUUUAUCGAAAAGCCUUAAAGUUAAGUCCAAAAGCUUUAGAAAAUACUAGUUUGGGAAAUAUCGUCACAGUUAUUAACAAAGAUGUCCAACAAUUCGAACACUCCAUAUGGAUGUUUAACGAUUUAUGGAUAUCUGUAUUACAAACUUUUGUAAUGUGUUAUUUAAUUUACCAAAGGACAGGAGUAGCUUCUGUAGUAGCUAUUCUAAUGCUCGUACUCGUUAUACCAGUACAAGGCUAUGUUGCGAAAAUAAUAAAACAUCUAAGAAUAAAGAUGUCAAGAAGAACAGACGAACGAUUACAAAGAACUCAAGAAAGUUUAUCAACCAUCAAAACGAUUAAGAUGUACACCUGGGAAGAAGUUUUUGCCGAGAAAAUAGGAGAAGCUAGAUUCAAAGAAUUAAAAAUUUUAAUCAAAUCAACCUAUUCCAAAAUAUCUUUGAUGAUAAUGAGUAGCUUGGUAGGAAAGUUUGCCUUCUAUGCUAUGCUGAUGAUAUACCUUUAUAUACAUGAAGAUAUGAGCGCUGAAGAUAUAUUUUACAUAAUGAGAAUAUUUGGAACUUUACGAUUCACUAUUUCGCUUGCAUUUUCCAUGGGAUUUACAAGAAUUGGAGAACUUUCAGCUUCUCUUAAAAGAAUCAAUCACAUUUUGGAGCUUGAAGAGCUACCUGACGUUAUAGACAAACCUGAUGAUGAUCCACAAAUUGAUUUGAGAAACGUCAGCGUAAAUUUGAAAAACAAGGAUAUAUUGACAAAUGUUAAUUUAAAGUUGGAAAAAGGUCUCAAUGUACUUACCGGUCAGUUAGGAAGUGGCAAGAGCUCUUUGAUAAAGGUUGUGCUACGUGAUUACCCUAUUCUUGACGGAGGGGAGGUGAGAACUAGAGGACGGAAAAGUUAUGCCUCACAAGAUCCAUGGCUAUUUCCUUCAUCAAUCAAACAAAAUAUUUUGUUUGGAGAAAAAUAUGAUUACAAGAAGUAUCAACAGGUUGUAUCUGCUUGCGCUUUGGAAUAUGAUUUUAAGAUUUUAGAAAAAGGUGACGAGACAAUUGUCGCUGAUAGAGGUAUGAAUCUGAGUAAAGGACAACAAGCAAGGAUCAAUCUGGCUAGAGCUAUUUAUAGAGACAGUGAUAUCUACUUAAUUGACGAUGCUUUAACUGCUCUAGAUACUAGGGUCCAAGAACAAAUCUUCACCCAAUGUAUUCAAGGACUUCUAAAGGAUAAAUGUGUGGUGCUCGUUACGCAUAACACAAAACAUAUUCAUGCGGCGGAUAAGUUAGUUAUUUUACACGAUGGAGUUAUUAAAUAUAUUGGAGAUCAAGCAAACGCUACAGAAGAUAUUCUUUUGGAGGCUAUUGAAGAUGAAGAAAUUGAAGAACUGGAGUUACAGACAAACGAAACAGAACCCAGUAAAGUCAUUACUGAAAAAACUGAACUUCUUGAAAAACCGCAAUUACGGAAAAGACAAGUUUAUCAUGAAAACAAAAAACAAGGUUCAGUUGACUUUGAUUUGUAUAUGCAGUAUAUAAAAAUGGGUGGUGGAUUUAUUUUCGCAAUCUUAUUAAUGUUUACUUUUGCCGGAGCUACUAUUACGGAAAGCACAUCACAGAAAAUGUUAACCAAUUGGAUCAACGAAAAGUCGACCAUUCAAGGUUUAAGAGAGAAACAUCUUAAAAACACUUCAAUAAACUUCGAAGAUAUUGACCUAACAAACCAAACCGCAAUAUAUUAUAAUAGCACAUAUAAUAUAUCAGCAGAGGUCAUCCGAAAUAUUGGACGACUCGAAGUAAAAGCCACUAAAUCCCUAAAUUUGUAUACAAUUCUGGUCAUCGGCUACUCCUUGGUUGAACUGCUAAAACGUUACAUCAUCUUAAGGGUAGGAUUCAAAGCCUCCGUAAACCUCCAUAAAAAGAUGGUUAAAUCGAUCAUGCACUCCACCAUGGCAUUUUUCGACAGUUUUUUCAUUGGAAAUAUACUGAACAGAUUUUCGCAGGACUUAAGUAUAGUCGAUGAACAUUUGGCGAUGAUGUUGGCACAUAUGGUUGACGCCUUGUUUCAUUUAUUUGGUGUCGUAGGUUUAAUAGCAACAAUAAAUUGGAAAUUUAUCAUACCGGCGGUAAUAUUAGCUAUUUUUUCAAUAUUGCUGCGAAGUGUUUAUAUUAGAACAUCAAGAAGUUUAAAACGACUUGAAGCUGCCACCCGAAGUCCACUAGUAGGCCAUUUGAACUCAACUAUGGAAGGUUUGACGACAAUAAGAGCUUAUAAAGCACAAGAUAUUUUAAAGAAUGAAUUCGAUAGACAUCAAGAUUUGUUUAGUAGUGCCUUUUACACAUCAAUAUGCGCCAAGGCCGCUUUCUCGUUUUUGAUGGAAAUAUCCUCAAUAGCGUUUACAACAACUGUGAUAGUCAGAUUUUUAUUCUUUGAUACAGGAACAAACUCUGGAGAUGUUGGUCUUACUUUAAAUCAAGCAGGUAUGCUAAGUGGAAUUGUACAUAUGGGCUUGGCGGCUUGGUCAGAAUUGGAAAAUAGCAUGACAUCUGUUGAACGAGCCAUGGAAUAUACAACAAUCGAAAGUGAAAGUAGUUCUGGAACAGACAAUAUAAAUUGGCCAACUAAGGGAGAAAUUGUUUAUCAAGAUGUGUCUAUGACAUACACGAAUUCCCACGAAAAAGUUUUGAAGGAUAUUUCGUUCACUGUUAAGGCAGGAACAAAGAUUGGUAUUGUAGGUAGAACUGGAGCCGGAAAAUCCUCAAUUAUAUCCACAUUAUAUCGACUAUACAAUUACGAAGGUAAGAUAUUAGUCGAUGGAGUAGAGCUGAAACAACUCUCCCUCAAAUUCCUAAGACAACAUAUAUCCAUUAUCCCGCAGGAUCCCAUUAUGUUCUCAGGAACUAUACGAAGUAAUAUAGAUCCUCUAAACGAAUUCUCCGAUGAAGACAUUUGGAAAACUCUUCACAAAGUUCAACUAGACAGCGUAGUUCCAAAACUAGAAGUCGAUGUCGACGAUGUCAACUUUAGUACUGGCCAAAGACAACUUAUUUGUUUAGCCAGAGCUAUUAUAAGGAAAAAUAAAAUUAUGGUUUUAGACGAGGCUACAGCUAAUAUGGACCCUGAAACUGAACAAGUAGCGCAGAAGAUUAUAGAGGAAAACUUUAGUUCGUGUACUGUACUUAUUAUAGCUCAUAGAUUAGACGCUAUAUUAGAUUGUGAUAAAAUAUUAGUUUUAGAUAAAGGUAACGUUAUUGAAUUUGACUCGCCUAAAGCAUUGUUGGAAAACAAAACCAGUUUAUUUUCAGAAAUGAUGAGAAACUCUCAUCUGGGCCAUGGAGCGGAAAAAGAAAAAUCAAAUUGAGUGGUAGUAUUUAGAUGUAGCAAGUAUUUUUGUAUUUCUAAAAAUAAAUAUUUUAAAGAUU